UCUUCUGCAAUAUUAUGCUCCUCUGUUAACUCAGUGCUAGCAGCAAAUAGGAGAUUAUGUGGUCUCUCCCAACCCGCAUGAGACUCAUUGUUCUCACUGUGUUACUUAGUUGUAGCGACGCCUUUCUUGAUUACAACCCUGCACUCGGCGCCUAUCAAGACGAUGGCAAGUGCACGAACUGGAGCGAACCCUGGUAUAUAGUAUACAGAAACUACGAACAAGACCCGUUGCUCGGUGGCAGUAAUUACUGCUCCUAUGCAACUGCAGUAAUGAGUGACCCGGACAGCUCAGUCAUAUGGACAGAGGAACACGGGGAAACUACGCGGUUUUUCAAAAACACCCUUCUGUCGUCACCUGGGUACACGUCGAAAAACUUGGUUCACGUCCAGAGUGCAGAGCCCGGAAAGGAACCCAGUGAAGAUCCCGAAAUCGACGUUUAUAUGAUUUCUGUUUUCAUCAACUGCAAUAGUUGCAAGGUCUUUCGUCACCUCUAUAUUGAUGAAGGAGCGGACUGUACUCUUUGGAAACCUGAAAGCAAGAUAAACCAGAAAGACGAUUGCUGUGAAUUUAUUUACCACCUGCUAUGCGGCACAUCACCAAAGUACCACAUCUCCGACAACUGCUCCUGAAGUUCCAGACUUCUUCGCCUAAUGUCAGUAAGAUUCAAAGCUCGUUUUCCGUGGCU